AUAAGAUAUUUAAUUUAUAAUAGUAAUAUACAGUUGGUCUGCACACUUAAGGGUUAAACUCUGGUCUGCUACUUUUAACAUGGCGUUUUGCAGCCCUGCUGCUGUUACAACAUCUGUUUACUGUGGCGGAUGCUAAUCUUUAAAUAACAAUCCAGCUGUCUGAAAACAAUAUUUGGUGCGUGGGUUUCAAAACGUUUGGACGUGAGACCGUAUCAACACCUCUAUUGGCGGGUAAGAAUUAAAACGAUAGAUUCUUUGCGUGUAUUUCUACAAGCAGCUGUUUUAAACUUAAAUUGUACAAUUCAGUGUAAAAGUAUAUACAUAGCGCGUGUGUAAAUAGUAAAUAUAACGGGCUUUGAUUGAGGCGUGGAUAUAUACGAGUUCCCCGUUACGCGGCUUCAAACUAAAGUUCAGACAACUAAAAUGCGAUAUUUUGGCGGCAUUGAAGGAGGAGCGACGCACUCACGUCUGGUCAUCUGUGAUGAGAGCGGUGUGUCGGUGGGCAUGACCAGUGGUCUGGGCACAAAUCAUUGGGGCAUAGGAAUACCGACAUGCGCCCGUCGAAUUGCUGAUAUGGUAGAGCGAUGUAAGGAAGAGGCUAACAUACCAAAAGAUGUGCCAUUGACGAGCUUGGGUCUCAGCCUGAGCGGAUGCGAACAGGAGGCAACCAAUCGCGACCUUGAGCUGGAGCUGCGACGAACAUUUCCCAAUCUGGCCGUGAGCUAUGCCGUCACAAGCGACACAAUGGGCAGUAUGUUCACGGCAUCCUCCAUUGGUGGGAUCGUCCUCAUCUCGGGCACCGGCUCCAAUUGCCUGUUGCGUAACCCGGAUGGCAGCACAGCCAACUGUGGUGGCUGGGGCCAUUUUCUGGGGGACGAGGGCAGCGCCUGGUUUAUAUCCUAUCGUGCAACUAAGGUAGUGUUUGAUGAUAUUGACAACCUGGUCAAGUCGCCUUAUCCCAUUGAGGAGACCUGGUCGCUUAUUCGGGAACACUUCAGCAUUGAGACACGCUACGAUAUGCUGCCCUAUUGUUAUGCCAAAUUCGAUAAGCCCUUCUUUGCCAAUCUGUGCGAGAAGCUGGCGAGGAAUGCCGAAAACGGCGACAAGCUGGCUUUGUCGCUGUUCCACGAGGCUGCUAUCCAUCUGGCGUGCAUGAUCAAGGCGCUGCUGCCCAAGGUCCACGAGGAUCUGGUUAAGUCUGGCGAUCUAAAUAUUGUCUGUGUCGGGUCGGUAUGGAGUAGCUGGAACCUGCUGCAGGAGGCUUUCAUCAAAGAGAUCUCGAAAAUGAGGAUCGAUUACAAUCUCAAGCUGGUGCGGAUCACCAAAAGCUGCGCCUAUGGCGCCUGUUAUCUGGGCGCCGACAGCGCUAAAUUUGAGUUGCCACGGAACUAUGCGGACAACUUUACCGUGCUACACGUCCAUCCCAAGAGAAGUCCGCUUAAAAAUGGGGUCGCAACUAACGCCUCUGGCAAUUAACUGAAUAAAGUAAAAAAACUGUAUUACUGAGUCAUUCCGAGAAUUGUCAGAAAACAAAAAACCGAACUAUUUGUUAGCUAAACUAUUCCAAAUUGAAUUUAUGUAUUACAAAUAUAUUAGAAAUAAACAAUAAUAAAUA